AUGGUCUUCGGUGGAAAACCAAGUACUGGAUGUCACUUGUGUCGCAAGCGGAAGAUCAAGUGCGAUGAAGGUCGACCCGAGUGUAAAAAUUGUGCUAUACAUGGCAAACCAUGUCCUGGGUAUCGAGUUGAAUCAGUCUUUCGAAAUGAGACCAAAAAGGUCGAACGCCAGGUCAAAACUCAAUGGGCCGUGCAGCCCCAAGCCAUGGACCGAUAUUAUCCUUUAACACUGCAUUCCAUUGCGGAUUCUACAUGGGAAGAACGUGCACUUUGUUUUUUUUUCGAUCAGUAUACGAUCGACCCAGGUGUAGAGGAGGGUAUGGGCAACUUUGAAUAUUUGCCCAGAAUGUAUGUACAUGUCGGCAAUAUCAAGGAACCACCGGCCUCGGGUCUUAUAUCGGCGGUCAAUGCCACGGCGCUCAUGACUUUCGCUAAUGCCGUACAUGCACCUUCGCUGAUGGUCCAGGCACGUAAGAGCUACGGGAAAGCUUUACGGUCCCUUCAGUUGGCAGUAUCCUCGCCUACCCAGGCAGCCCAGGACGAGACGUUCGCUUCGGUUAUUUUAUUAUCUCUUUACGAGGAUAUUACAAGCGAUCGCAAUAAUUUACUGAGCUCUCAUACGGCUGGCUUUGACUUCCUGAUGAAGGUCCGAGGCGAAAAUCAAUUAGAUGACCAGCAGGGCCGAGCUAUGUUCAGCUUCGCCUACAUACAAACCUAUGUUGAAAUUCUUAUGCUAGGAGAUAAGCCUCGACAUGAUAUUGAUUGGAUUCAAGGGUUAUUGGACAAGAACAAUCCCGUUGAAUCUUUAAUGAUCGCUACAUGCAGUGUUAGCCAACUCUUUAGAGAUAUGCAGUCUGCAACCAGCCCGCCCCAUGAAAAGACCAUCAGGUCCUGGAUUGCUACAAGUCAUGAGUGCGAUUUUGAGCUCUUACAAUGGCCACUACACAUACAUGAAAACUGGUUGCCUUUAAAUGUGUAUUCUGAUAACGGCGAAUUCCUCAUCACAUAUAAAUGUAUCGCGAAGGCCAUAGUCUGGAACUACUACCGCGCCGUCCGCAUCAUGGUUCAGCAUGUUCUGCUCGAUCUGGGCCGAUCCCUCACAUCCAUCAUUCAAAAGAGUGGAAGGCCCUCAGACCCAUGUGUGGCAAAGAUUGAGGAGUCAGAUCCCAAUGCCAUCAUCCAAGAAUUGACCACAGAUGUUUGCCAAACUCUUCCAUUUGCCCUUGCCGAUGUUGACAUCCUUGGUCGCCCUACCAAGCCUGGAGUCGGCAGAUCUAUUCGUUCUGGUCAAGGGUACGGGCUGCUCUGGCCCCUUUGGUAUAUUCUAUCCAACGGCAUGCCGACACCAGAGCAAAUAGCGCAAAUCCAAUCUACCCUUUAUAGAAUUGGAUCCACGCUCGGUAUUAAUCUGGCACUGACUUUGGCGCGCGAGACUGAGCCCUUGUCUUCCAAUCACAAAUCCAAAUCCAGAGAUGUUUGA